GGGAAUGAGGUUAGAAUUAGAAUAGCGAGAGCACAGUAUAUAAAUAAACAACAACAAAUACAUAACAAAAAACAAACACAAACAAAAUAUAAAUUGUUAUUAAUACUGUGUGUGCGAGAAGCUUGUGUUGUAAAGAUUAGUUGAUAUAAAUGAAAGUACAUUCCUACGUAUUGAAACCAUUAUUUAAACAUGUUAAAUUAGAAAUGGAGUUAAAUCAAGGUUGUGAAGAUUCUACAAUUACAGAACAAAAUUUAUUAAUAUCUAGUAAAGGUGAAAAUUCCGUAGAGAGAUAUGCUAACAUUAAAUCAGAAUUCGAGGAAUGCAAGUUUGAAAGUAAUUACACAGAGGGGUCUCAAUCCGAUGCGUAUUGUGCUAACGAUAUUAAAAUAGAACAAGAUAUUUUACACUACCAAAUAGAUGACCCAUCUGAUAGUUUUGUUAUCCAAGAAGUUAAGACCGAAAUUAAGAAAGAACUGGAGGUACACAUCUUAGAAGCAAGUCAUGGGUGUGAAACUCAAUCCAAUAGGAGUACGAAAAAAAUAGACUCAAACAGAGAUAUAAAAUUAGAGAUAGGAACUUCAACUGAGAUAGAUGAUAAAAAACAUUGCAGAAGUAUGAAAACAUCCAACUUAAUAUCAAGAAUUAGCAGAAAAAGGUUUCAGCAGAACAAGGUUAAAAUGAAAUCUGAAAGAUCUUUGAUAACACACACUGGAGAAAAUUCAUACAAGUGUGAAACAUGUUUGAAGGAAUUUACUGUUCUAAGCUAUUUAAAAAGGCAUUUGAGAGUGCAUACUGGAGAAAAGCCUUACAAGUGUGAAAUUUGUUUUAGACUGUUUACUCGUGCAGAUAAUUUGAGAAGUCAUAUGAGGUCCCACACUGGAGAAAAGCCUUACAAGUGUGAAUUUUGUUUUAAGCAAUUUAGUGAAGCAGGCAGCUUAAAAAAACAUUUGAGAAUGCACACUGGAGAAAAUCCUUAUACAUGUGAACUUUGUUUCAAGCAGUUUUCUCGUUCAGAUUAUUUAAAAACUCAUUUGAGAAGACACUCUGCAGCAAAACCGUACAAAUGUGAAAUAUGUUGUAAGCAGUUUUCUCUUGCACAACAUUUAAAAUUUCAUUUGAUAACACACACUGAGGAAAAACCGUCAAGUGUGACAUUUGUCUUAGGCAAUUUACUCAUGUGGGUCAUUUGAAAAGACAUUUGAGAAUACACACAGGAGAAAAACCUUUUAAAUGUGAUGUUUGUUUCAAGCAAUUUGCUCAAACCGGUGUUUUGAAAACACAUUUAAUGACACACACUGGACAAAAACCUCAUAAGUGUCAAAUUUGUUUCAAGCAGUUUACUCAAAUAGGUAGUUUGAAAUAUCAUCUCAAAUCGCAUAAUAGUUAACAUAUAAUGUAAUUUAAAAAGUUAAUAUAUGUACAUUUAUUUGUGGAAUUGGUGGUUACUUAACGAAUC